ACUGAAAUAGAUUCAGUGUUCUCACGGCGCUGUCAGGGAGCGUUUGAUUAUUUCGGUGAAAAACGCCUUAAAGAAGCGUUUAAAAACAUGGGAAACCCGAAAGUUUUCUUCGACAUCACUAUUGAUGGAGCUAACGCCGGCAGGAUUGUAAUGGAGCUGCGGGCUGAUGUGGUCCCAAAGACUGCAGAAAACUUCCGCGCUCUGUGCACCGGAGAGAAAGGCUUUGGCUACAAAGGCUCCUCGUUUCACCGCGUCAUCCCUAAAUUCAUGUGUCAGGGCGGGGACUUUACCAACCACAAUGGAACCGGAGGCAAGUCCAUCUUCGGGGAGAAGUUCGCCGAUGAGAACUUCCAGCUGAAGCACAAAGGCCUGGGCACGCUGUCCAUGGCCAACGCCGGGCCCAACACCAACGGGUCCCAGUUCUUCAUCUGCACGGCCAACACUGACUGGCUGAACGGGAAGCACGUGGUGUUCGGCAGCGUUGUGGAGGGCAUCGAUGUUGUCAAGGCGAUGGAUAAACAAGGCACAAAGAGCGGCACUCCUAAAGCCAAGGUUGUCAUUGCCGACUGUGGGGAACUGAAUUAGUGCAACAAAGCUCCUUCAGUCCGUCAGACGUCUCCUCGACCCUCCACGUUCACGUCAACCCUCUCAGAAUGUGUGUUAAUAUCGAUCCUGUGAUAUUUUGUACCUCUCAGUCUGCUCUUUAACAAAAAUCUGAAUAAAGUGUUGGUGUAAAUAAAUCGC